AACAUAUGUUCUGUGUGACAUGACGUCAAUUUUAACUAAACAAUGGCCGAGUUCCAAUGGCCCUGGGAGUACACAUUUCCUCCUUUCUUCACUUUGCAGCCGCAUGAAGAAACACGCAGACAACAGCUGAAGGUGUGGACAGAUCUCUUUCUGAAAUACCUCAAACAUGUGAAUAGGUUUACAAUUGAUACAAACGAUCAAAACUUGCCAUUAUUUUUUAAUGAAUCAAUAAAUCGACGCUUAUCGCCUGAGCUAAUACUGCUCAUACUAGAGCAGUUGCAACAAAGCGGACAUGCUGCUCCACUGGACAAACGACGUCAGGAGUGGCAUGUCUAUCACUACACGCUGGAAGAAUACGGAAAUAUGGUCUACGAUUGGAUACAAGAGACCGGACAGACGAAUAGUAUUUGUACACUCUACGAGCUAGUCGCUGGCGAAAAUAGCACCCAGAUGGAGUUCCAUAAUAUGGACGAAGACGUAUUGCUAAACGCUUUACGUCUGCUCGAGGGGAAGGGAAAAUGUGAACUUAUUGAAAUGGAUGGUAGUCAUGGAGUUAAAUUUUUCUAAAUUAUUUAUGUAUUUGUGUUUCAAAUAUGCAUAGUGUUAAAUACAGCCUUAUCAUUUUUAUUUUGC